UAUAGAAUACUCUGAUAAGGAAAGUGGAAUCAUUUGUUUCAGGACAAAAUUACUUCUAUCAGUGUAUUAUUGUGUUCACUCCCUGGGCUAUAUAUUACUGUAAUUAUGCCAGUAAAAUAAAAUACCCACUUCUAAAUGAGAUUUUAACGCUGGUUUCAAACCCAUACACAGCCCAGGUACUCACUUCAGGGAGCCUCCUGUGUGGCUCCAUUUCCUCACAGUAGCACUGCAAGGUUACAUCUUCCCAGCAAUAUAUUUUGACUGUUCUCUGGCUCUCCUACCCACACACCAUACCCAAGAAGCUAAACCUGCUUCCUCAGUUGCUAUAGGUUAGUCACAAACGUGGAAUGUUGCCGCUUAUUCGUUUGAUGUUUGUUUGAUGUUGUUAAGUUUAAGUUGGUUUGCCCCAGUUGCUCCCCUGUUAUCCCUGAAUGGUUUGUCCCUGGUUAUCAAUCAUUGUAAACCCUUCACUCCUUUCCAGAUUGUUCCCCAUCCAUCACCUUAAUCCUGCCCCCGAGUCCUGUCGAUUUAUGUAAACCCCACCCUUUGUUCCAGCUCCUUCCAUGCUUGUCAUCCCUUCCUCGAGGCCCCAUUGAUUGUUCAGCUGCCUUCCCUCCCCCGAGUCCCUGCUAUUGGUCCUAUGCAUUGUAAUCCCCACCCGCAACUCCUCCCUUGCUGUUAUCCCAUUGGUCGUUGUGUGGGCCGCCCACAGUCUUUAAAACCUGGCGCACGGAGGUGCCCAGGGCUCUCGGCUCGGACUCUCUCCUCGUGAUCCCAGCCCCGUCCCUCGUCGUCUUCUCCCUACACCUAUCAGAAUAAACUUGUUCCUGGGAAAUUAGAGGACUCCGAGCACUCUCUCUCCCUUUGCCACACCUCGAGUCGCCCUGCUUGUCAUAGAGCCCUAGCCCAGAGGAGCUCUAGAGGUUCCAGGUUGAGCCACACAGUGCUCACCUGGUUCCCCACUCCUGCCGCUGACGCUUGGCACGAGCUAGCCGAGGCGUGAAGGGCCGAGCGGGCAGCGACAGUGGAAAUUGUUCUUGAGUACUCCAGAGGAAUUCUAGCCCACAUAUCCUUGUGAUCCAUCCCAGCAGCUGCAAGGGCAGCUUUGUGAUUCACUUUUUAGGAGUGAAGUCCAGCUGAGUUACUUGCAGACUGGCAAAAGGGUCAGAGAAAUUACUGAAUGAGGGGGAUUAAGGUUUAAAACCAGAAUUUCUGUUCUUGAAAGGACAGUACACGACAUACUUCAAAAAGCAGUUUUUCACUCAGGCUCUUGGCCAAGAACUGUCAAAAUACCAAAUCCAUGUUUUCUUUAUCCCUCUGUUUCUAGUGACUUGUGUGCUGCCCCAGCAGAGUAUAGAUCUUUCUCUGUCAUACUCAUUUCAAAGGAAGAAAAGGAACCUGUGUUAGCGAGCUCAAACUCCUAGGAGCAGGAACAAAUCCAUUUUGGUACCUUGAACACACACACUAAAAGGCCUGCUGACCCAGCUACUGCUCCAGCCUCUCCCAAAGCCUGUGGGACAGUCAAGCUCCACAUGAAACAGCUCCAAGAGUGUGCAGCUGCCUUAUCAAGGCAACCUGAAAUUAGCACAGUUUAAUUUGUCAGGUUGAAAGCUGCAAUGGUUCAGGAUCAGCUUCAUGUGCAGUUCCACAAUAUCUGAGAAGGCACCACGUGAAAAACAAACUGGAGGCAGUUAUUGAUUCAGCCAGCCACCCUUAAUUAACUUAUAUUGAUGCCCCAAUACUAUUGGAAUCAAGUAUGUAUCAAGCCUGAAUUUAGAGCUUGUCCUAAAGGACAGAUUAAAUCUUGAACUAGACCCUUGUAAAGCUCCUUACUUUUCCUCUCUGCCAGCUCACAUUUCAGUUGUGGUGUGCUAGUUGAGAUGCCAGCCCUUUCCACAUUUACCAUGGACUGAAAUUUGCAGCUAGGUGAGAUUUUUUGGGCAGUCCUGGCUGGUUGGGAUGCACAACAGCUAUCCCUGGUGUGCUGUGCUCCAGAACAGCUCUGAGGACUGAGCAAUGUUGACCCAGAAGUUUACCUACACAAUGUAUGUUAAUACUUCAAUAUUUUGGAGAAGGAUCAUUGGGACUAAGUUUGAUCGUAUCAGGAUGCAUUUAUGGCAAGUUUAUUUAGCUAAUGGUUAAGAGAUGUUUGCUAGUUACAGAAUAUGAGAAUACAGGGAGUUGUUUAAAGGUGUCCAGGACAGACAGGGCAGGUAUGGUUUGCACUGAAAGUACUGAAGUGACUUAAGUGGGUGUUGGGAAAACCCAGUAUUCAUGCAGUACACCAGCAUGUUCCUAAAUCCCAGCUUUCUUUUAAUAAAACAGUCCUGAAAAAAAAAAAAAACAAAAAUGUCAGCAAUGUGAGCAGAACAUAAUCAAGGCAGAGAUGGCAAAGGGAUGUCAGGAAGAACAGCUCUGAAGGACAUGAACUGCACCAACCAGCACCCAGCAAUGGCUUUGGAGUCCACAUUUUAAUCAAACCCUCUUUUAAUGGGAGGAAAAGAAAAGGAAAAAAGUGUGAUGGAUAGGAAUAUUUUUGUGACAAUUUCAUUGGGUCACCAAAAUCAGGGAGAGGUUCUACUUCAUACAGCAAUCCCAAUUAAAGGUAGCCCCAUAGAAGUCCAUAGAGCCCAAAAGCUAAUGAAAGAGAUUCAAACUCAGAGAAUUCUCCAUACUCCAGGCAGACACUGUCCUGUUUCAAGCACCUUGAGUUUUACUUUUCUUCUGACCCUACAGUCAGGAUGUGGGAACCUUUGGGAGAGCUUUGCUACCUUCUGCUCCUUUGACUAGACCCUGCUGAUUGCUGCUCUCAACCAGAAAUGCAGAUAUAUCUAUCAGGCAUUUAUUAACUCUACAUAAGCCAAUAAAUGCACUCCUCACAUACUGUGAUUUUAAUGUAUUUAUCCUCUGUGUGGGUCUCUAGUUGCAAUGUUUGCAUUUGGAGCAGCAUCCUGGUUUUGCUUCAGUGGAAGGUGCUGGCCACUGUCAUGACUUACCCAGCCUGGGGCAGAGCCAUGCUGGGCGAGCCUCUGACACUUUGUGGAAAUUUUCUGGCUGCCCCUCCUGGAGGCUGGCAGAGCACAAGCAUCCAUCUGGUUUUCCAUAGGUUUUGGCAGCAGUGUUAAUAGAGGAGAUGUGGCGCUUACGGGUGAGGCAACCAGUGCAGCGUUCAGGGCUGGUACAGCUGAGCUCAGAAUGGAAACAGCAGCUUCAGAUGGGAUGUGAGAACAAGGGGGUGUCUUAUGCUACAGCCAGCUAAAGCAUUAAACACAUUUCAUAGGCGAGGAGUCCAGCCAAGCCUGCCACCACACCUUAUAAAGCUGACCUCAGGCAGUCCCUGCUGAGAUGGGUCUGGGUGACCUCUCUCAGAGCUGCUACAGGGAAUCUCUUCAAGCUCCUUCUUAGGGUCUUACAAAGAGACAUGGCACAAACUGGACUUAUGAUUUUUCUACUCAUAAGCUUACUACUGCUGGAUCAGACCGUCAGCCAGGCUUCCAAAUUCAAAGCCAAGAAGCACAGCAAACGUAGAGUGAAAGAAAAAGAUGACCUGAAGACCCAGAUUGACAAACUGUGGCGAGAAGUAAAUGCUCUGAAGGAAAUACAAGCACUCCAGACAGUGUGUCUUCGUGGGACCAAGGCCCACAAGAAGUGCUAUCUCAUGUCAGAAGGCACAAAACAUUUCCAUGAAGCCAAUGAAGACUGCAUAGCCAAGGGGGGGACACUGGCUAUCCCGAGGAAUAACGAGGAGACAAACAUCCUUCGGGAUUACGGCAAGAAAAGCGUGCCCGGAGUGUCGGAGUUCUGGCUGGGUGUCACUGACAUGGUCAAUGAAGGCAGGUUUGUCGAUGUCAAUGGCAUGGCUCUGCAGUACUUCAACUGGGACCGUGCCCAGCCCAACGGGGGCAAACGUGAAAACUGUGUCUUUUUUUCUCAGUCAUCCCAGGGCAAGUGGGUGGAUGAAGUCUGCCGCACUGCCAAGAGAUAUGUUUGUGAAUUCCUGAUCCCAUAAUUACAUACACAAAAGAUCAUGGCCAGGUUUCGGGUUAUCAAAACACACUUUUGCUUAAAAACCCCCUCCCACUUAGAGAGUGGCAAGUUAAAACUAUCCCUCUCCUGCCUUGAACUCACUUUUUCCUGAAACACAAGUUUUCUCUUUUAAUUUAUUUUCUAUUCAUCUGCUAAAAAUGUUUAGUGAGUGCUCUCAUUAUGUACAGAGAUAUAUAUUAUGUUCUGGCCUACAUUGUAUCAUAUUUUGGCAUAUUACUUCAGCCUACCCUUUGGGUUGCUGGAUUUCACCUCCUGUUUCUGUACUUCAAUUAGAAAAUACUGCUGCAUGGUAACCUUUUCCAAUAUGAGCAGUAAGGAUCCUCUCAGUUCUAAAGCUUAAGAGAGACUUUGGGAUUAUGUGAGCUCCUGUGAAAAACAACCAUCAUCCUUUACAGAGUCUAAUUGGAUUAAUCUGUGGCCAAGAGUUUUACCUAUGCGUUAAGAAUGCUGAAUGAAAGAGAAAAAUCUGAUGGUAAUUAUUUAACUACAUGCAGUUCACAGUGACACACUGCUAGAAAAAAGGGGGAGUAGCUGUUUCAAAACAUCAGUCAGUCUAGACAUGUUUGCCUCUAAAUGUCUCAAUUAUGGUUAAAUUUUAGAUGUCAUUUGGAACAUUCCCAUAGAAGAAGCCAGUCUGGGACUGGAUCACACUGCCGUGUGAAGCCAUAUAAAGCCAUGUCUUCUGCAGGCUCAGACAGCUCUGCCAUUCACAGAGAGCUCCUGAAAGCUCCGGGAGGGAGACAGGAGCUCCUUCCUGGCACAGCAUUCCCACUCACCCACAUCUCCCAUGGGAAGGGCAGCAAGCCCCAGGGGCACUCUCCUGAGUGGGACCAGACCACAUGCAAAUGUUCCAAUUUAACACCUGACAUUUGAAAGUGAAGUAAAAUGUGCUGGCUGAUUUUGUCUGUUCUGAACUUCACAACAGAGAUUUGUCUUCAUGUCAUAAAUAGCAGUUUCUCUCAUUUUGUUUAAAUAUUUAAAUAUAUUGCUGCUUGGAGGAUAAUUCCUAUUCCUUAUCUAUUAAAUGUGCAAGGUUUUCCUAAAUUAUGCAAUAAAUUUGCAAUUACCAGUAUUUAACUGUUGUAGUAUUUUUGACAGCUUAUGUAUGUGAAGGCCAUUCCUUCCUAGGAGUUUUCUUGAGGAUUCAAAAAGGGCACAUUUUCCUACUAAUGUACUUACAGGCCACAGGAUAAAAUCUGGAUCCCUGCUAAAUAAUACAGCCCAAAAGCUGUAUAAGA